UCGCCGCACUCCUCCUUUCGGCCGGCCAGCCUCACCGCCGCAGCGAGCGAGGGAGGUGCGUGUGGGCGAGGCUCUCCCUCACUAGUCUGCGCCGUGCUCCUGCUGGCUCCGAAGAUGAUGGGAAGAGCCAGGGAGCCACGUGGAGUUCGCAGGCUCACCCUCUGGCUCGCUCUGCUGAGCCUCUUCGCCUCCUCGCUGGCUCAAGGCGCCGGCGAAGGGAAGCGCGACUACUGCAUGAUCGGGUGCAGCGCCCAUCGCCUCAUGGGUCUGAGGUUGCCCCUGGACGUCCCCAACACGGUCUACUGGUGGCCGGGCGCCGCCAACAGCAAGGUGCGGGUGGAAGGACCCAAUAUCUGGGAGUGGAAGGAUAUCGAGGAAUCGCAAAGGAAUCAGUGGCACGAGAUCACGACCACGCAGCGGGAGGAUGACGCGUCCUCGUACUGCGUGGCGGCGCCGUCGCUCGGCCUGACGCACCGCUGCAGCUUCCAGCAUUAUCUGGACAUCAUGGCCGAUUUCCCGAGUCUGUGGACGCUGGAUUGCAGCGGCCCCCCGUGCGGUUGCUCGGAUCCUGACAGCCCCAAGUGCGAGGACUCGCUCCCCAUAACAUCAGACUGCUGCAUCCACCAGCUACGCGGCCUCAUGCUGCCCCUGGACGUGGGCUCCACCACCGUAUUCUGGUGGUCGGGCACGGCCGACAGCGCCGUCGUGGUCAAGGGCCCGGGCAUCGUGGAGCUGGUGGACGUCACGGAGGCGCAGGAGGGCCACUGGCACAAGGUCACCACCGUCUCGCACCCGCGGAAAGAAGGAUCCCGCACGUCAACCCCGCCUUGCACGGUGACCAGCAGCAGCCUCAAUCUUGCUUGCAAUUGCACUCAGGAACUCAACAUCUCAUCUUCAAUCAUGUUCAAGACGUUUGAUACUUCCCUCACGGAUUUCACGCCCGGGUACUGGGCCCUCGGCUGCCACGAUUUCCCCGAAGAUUACCCCAACAGCACGAGCGUGAGGUGCGAAUCAACAGCAACAGCCGUAACAGGGAGGACAUUGAUAUCACCUGUGCUCAUAGCAGGUGCGGGGACCUCGGUUACAGUUGCCGGAUUCUUCUGGACGCUGAUCGCCAUCGUGGUCGCCGUGGCCUGAAGGGCGGUCGUUCAGGCGCUGGAGGGUCUUCCUCGUGGAAGCAAGAAGAGCACAGGUUACGUGACCAUCAGAGGCAAGGAGAAAGACGUGAAUGCAGGAAUCUGUGAUAAAAGUCGGGUCUAAAAGCCAGGUACAAACACAUCAGUCCUCGAGCACCUGUUUACCUGGUGGAGAGCGAGACAGCUGCUUUAGCGUUAGAGUUACUUAGAAACUGUUUCUUGAGCGCUUGUAUGAUAAGUUACCGCUGUUAAACACUCUAUCUGUUGGGAAGAUAGAAAGUGCAGAGUAUAUUUGUAGUUCUUAGCGAAUAGAGAUGGAGGGAAAGUUUAGAUAUUAUAAAGGUUGAUGGGUCAGAUAUUUAUCGAAUUUCUUACGAAAAAAAUAAUAAAACAAAUGAUAAUAAUAAUAAUAAAUACAAAUUAUUUGGCGGCGGUACACUCAAUCACUGUGCCAGCGCUGUUUGUUGUUGUGUUGGAAGUCACCUGUUGUGUUGUCACGAAGUUAUGCGUCUUUCCGUUCGUCGGCUGUAUGUAUUCCAAUGUUUCCAUAAAAAUUCAGUCUUUAUACUUGUUAACUUUAAGAAAUGUAUGUAAAUAUAUAUAAACACACAAAAACCAAGAACCUAGCAGAAAGGGAAAAGAAAAUAAGACCAUGCUCUUUCUUGAAAACUCGCGGGUUCUUGGACUGAAGAGCGGUUGUCUGCAACCUCUCUCGCAGGAAGGAAAAAAACUCACAAACCUCAUUUUAACUCAAGACUGCAAACGAGUACCUGGCUUCGCUGGGAUGAACUUCACUGCAGCCCUGAAGCACAGUGGCUCUGUGCGCGGGGUAUAUGGAUUAUUCCACUGCAAGCUCAAAGGCCUACUAGAUGUUGGAGGUACAAUACUAAAGGUAAUUUUGUCCCCUUUUCCACAACGCCUCUUGUACCCCCUCCCCCGACCUCCGCCCCUCCUUGUCACCCCCGCCCCCUUUAUAUAUAUAUACUCUA